AUGCGCCCGCUGCGCGGGGCUUUCAAGGCCCUCUGGCUGGUGAUAUGGCUUCAUCUUGUUAAUGGUCAGCAGGAUGCGACAGCUCCUGCUGCUUUUGAACGUUUUGGCGAUGGUGAAUGUAUGACGAAUGCCAUGCUUCCCAUUCGCGGACGUUCGCGACGGGACUUGGAACAUGGCGAAUGCAGGGCCAUCUGCAACACCGACAACUGCAUCGGGUACACUUACGCUCCCUGUGAACGCAUCUGUUCCCUGCACGGGGAGCCGGAGCUGUUUCGAGGACUUCCUGAUCCGGAACGCUGGUCCACCAAGAACGGCGGAGGCCUCAUCGCCAACACAAACAGGAGAUGCGGCUCCUCCUGCUAUGUUCGGAAGGCACCUUGCCAAGGUGGCACUUUGCAGUCUGCUGGCGCCUUCAUGAAUUAUGAAUCCCUGACCUUUGGGCUUACCCGCACUUUGGAAUGUCCUUUUCCGCACAAGGGGUCCGUCUCUGUAGUUUGCACGUCCACUGGUAUCCAAGUGGCUGGGGGCAGGUGUUUGCGACCCUGCGAGUCGGGAUUCGUCAGGGACGAGUACUUCGAGGUGAAGUAUCCACCGACGCGGCAUGGCGAGUUUGGUGCUGGGCCAUGCCCCAGCGGCACGCUGGGCAACAUGACGAUCUUCUGCAACGAUGGAUCCGCGGCACACGUCCUCGGAAGAUGUGGGACGACUUGUCCGGCAGGUGCUUUGAGAUCUGGCUCUGCUACCAUCUAUUACUCAAGCAUGGACCACGAGGCUCUCUGGACCCAGGGGUGCCCUUUGGGAUGGGUCGGGUUGGUGGACUUGGAAUGCAUCAAUGGGUUCACAUCCGUUCGCAGUGGGCUAUGCCAAAGGCACUGCGAUGAAGGUACGCUCAACACUACGGCUGAUUCCGGAAUAGCUCCUGCAGUGUCUGGUUUCGUGGUGUACGAUGAUCUGGACCACAGCAGAGGGGUUUGGGCAGCCUGCCAAAGCCCCAACGACAUGCUCACUGGGCGCCUCGUGCUCUUCUGCAACGACGGCAGCGUGAGUCCCGACUACAACUUAGGCCGCUGCAGCCGUCACUGCGCAGCAGGACAGGUUGGAACAGGAGUCCGAGCCGUGAGUCACGGCAUCAUUCCGCACAUGACCAACGUGACCUUGGGAUGCAACCCUGGCUUUAACGGCGGCUUCUACGUCGGAUGCGUUGACGGUGUUGUGAUCCUCUACGAGGGCUUCUGCCAUAUGAAUUGUGUGGCGGGUACCAUCACUUCCAACACCAUCACGCUUCCGCAUGAGCCGCUCGAGCACGGAGAGAACACAACGGUAGAGUGCCCUGCAGCUACGCAUGCCGGGAACAUCACUGUCGUUUGUGACGAUGGACAAGCUACAAUGGUUGAGGGCUUCUGUGGCCAGAACUGCACGUCCGGCUUCAUCUUCUCAAAUGGUGCAAGGGUGAACCAUCCAGGCAUCCAGCACGGAACGGAGCAAAAUAUUAGUUGUCCUGCACCUUGGGGUGCUGAGAUCACCUUCCGCUGCUUUGAUGGCAGUGUGCGCAACAGCGGCAGGUGCGGACGGCAGUGUAUUGGUGGCAAUGUUGAGCAGAACGGGGCUGUGGUUUUCUACACCAACCUAGCCCACGGAGAGUCCGGCGUCUUCAUCUGCGAGACCUUGUUUCAAAGUGCUUUGACCUUUUCCGGAGAGUUGGAGUUGACUUGCGAUGAUGGUGCCGUGCGUGCUGUGGGGCUGUGUUCUCCAGAUUGCCCAGCUGGAGACAUUACCAACAACGGAGCUCGGAUCAUCGUACCUGCGCUCAAAGCGGACACCUACAUCGACACCUUCUGCCAACCACGGGCAGCUCACGGCGAGGUUCGAGUUACAUGCCAGGAUGGCUUUCAGGUCGUAACUCAAGGCUCAUGUGGCGACCCGUGUCCGGAGGACUGGUUCUCAAACGUGAACACUCGGCACACAGAGCUGUGGCUAGAGGAGGUAUCACACGAUAAGGGGGUAUGGAAGGAUUGCCCGCAGGACCUCAGCGGCCAAAUCUACAUCCACUGCUUCGAUGGACUUCUCCGUGUUCUUGAGGGCCAGUGUGGUGAGCGGUGCCGCAGCGAAAGAGUCGAAGUUACUGGUGCGAACUUCAUCAGCCCGCUGCUGGACCAUGCCGAAGAGCACUUGCAACCUUGUCUCCAGCCCUACAGUGACUUUGUGAACCUCACAUGCAUCUUCGGAGAGCUUUUGGUCGUGGGCAACUGCCAGCUAGGUUGCUUCGCCGGAGACUUUGUGCUUCCAGGUGGUGCGACGGUCUCUCACCCGGACCUGGUGAGUGGCUUCACAGCCGAGCCAGACUGUCCUCUGGGCUAUGCAAUAGGCAAGGUGACGAUCGUGUGCGUGAACGGCAACAUGGAGGUCCAGAGCGGAACCUGCGAUGCCCACUGCCAGGCCGGGCGAUUUCAGGGUCCGACUGGAUACUUGGUCAAUCACCUCGAGAUCCAGCACAACGAGACGCGGCUGGUUGCCUGUCCAGCAGGCUACAUCGGUCAGCUCCGACUACGGUGUCUUGCUGGGGUGGUUGGCAUCGAAACGGGCCAAUGCUUGCGCAACUGUAUCGAGGGUGCCACAAACCUGAGGGAUGACGUGAUUUUUGGUUACGGCGACAUGGAGCAUGGUGAAGUUAGCCGGGAGAUGAAGUGCCCUACAGGCUACGUCGGCUCUGUCCGUCUGCUCUGCACGGACAGUGUUGUGUCUGUAGCUUCUGGCAAUUGCCUUGCCCACUGCGGCGCUGGCGUAGCUCAGGGCGCCGAGUUCUUCUCCUUGGAACACGAAGAUUUCGUUUCCAUUGUUUGUCCGGAGGUUGGUGAGAUCAAAGUUCGUUGCUUUGACGGCGAGGUGGAGGUCGUUGAAGGUCAGUGUCUGUAUGGCUGUGCGGCGGGUACCGUUCUCGAUCCCAACGGUGUGGAUCUGAGGUACCCUGCUUUUCCGCACGGCACCAGGAUCAAUGGCACCUGCAGUGGCCUCGGUGUGGGCACGGUGGAGUUGCAUUGCAACAACACUGUCGUGGGUCUCGCUGGUGAGGGCACCUGCCAAAGGCAUUGCCCUCCGCAAUUUACCGAGUCAAGGGACGGGUCGAACGUCUCCGUGCCUUACAUCGAGCAUUUGCAACAAGCCUCCGUGCAGUGUCCAAACGGUCAGGCUGGUGUUUUGGCGGUGCGCUGCACGGACUUCGUGUCUUCGGUCUUCGACGGAAUUUGCGGCGACAUGAACUGCCGAGCUGGAGAGGUCGACACAAAUGGCGCACUGGUUGCAUAUCCUGCCAUCAACGACAAGCGCAAUGCCGGACCAGGAGAUUGUGGUCAGGAUUUUCUGGGAGAGCCAGUGUUCUACUGCAGUGAUGGCGUCGUGUCUGUCCUGGCCGUGAACCUGAUCCGACAGCCACGAAUUCCCGGCAUCGACAACGUCAGCGAAAUAGGCUCGAGUUACAACUUCACCGAGGAGGAUCGCUUCAAGCUCUGCGGGUGCUGCAGUCCACCCCCGGAUUUGCCGGACAUCGCAGCACUGGAGGGCCUGGACUCCAUGGUCGUGAUCUAUUGGGCGGUGGCAGUUGGAGGAGCCGGCUUUCUUGUAGCCACCGCGUCUGGCUAUUGGAUCUACAAGAAGAGGCCACCGAAGGUGAGCAAGGUCACUCCGGACGAUGGACUGGGAGCUGGAUCUUCGCUCGCGAUCGAGGCCCCGGUUGACGCACAGAGCAAGGCCCAAGGAACGUCUGCUGCCAAGCUUUGGCUGGACAACCCGCAGCUCACUAGCAAGGAGCUUGCCCUCAGAGAUGCUGCGAUGUCCGAGCGGGAUUUGGCGCUUGCGCUCAAGGAUGUGCCUGCCCGGCCUGGGCUGCAGGACAGUGCGUUGCAGAGCCAGGUGAGUGUUGACGUGGACGGCAGGCGAUCCUCGGCCGCUUACACAGCUCGCACUCAGGCCUCGCAGCCGGAUUCCUUUAGCCAAAUUCCCAGGAAUCUGCAGCUCCUGAAACCUAAGCGUGAAGGUGCCUCCAAGGACUGGCAGUAUUGGUGA